CGGAGAGGAGAUAGAAAGACGACCCACCGACAACAUUUUGGACAUUAUUUAACUUUGUCGGAACCACUCGGCCCCUGUUUGGACUUUUCAUUUCCCACCAUGACACCGUUACUUGUGCGCGCGCGUUACUCGAUAUUUUUUGCGACUGCUGUGGAGCGGAAGUGAAAAAGGGGAAGUGUUGGUGGUUAAAGAGAGAGAGAGAAAAAACAAUUAAACCAAUAGAAAGUGAUUUUCUUUGGGCAAGUUCAAGUUUAAUUUCUUCCUUACUGGAGGAAGCUUUGCAUCGGUGUUUUGGGGGAAUGGACACCCAGGUUAAGGAGGGACAACUUUAUGUGCAACACCAAAAGUUUGGAAAGAAAUGGAAAAAGAACUGGUUCGUCCUUUACCCUGCCAGCCAAAACGGCAUCGCUCGCCUCGAGUUCUUCGACUCACCUUCGGGCGGAGGUGGAUCCGGAGGAGGCUCGGGAGGCGGAGGGAAUGAGAAAACCAGGAAGCUGGACAAGAAGAUCAUCCGCUUGUCGGAGUGCAUCUCCAUCCUGCCCUCUCUGAUGGAGAGCUGUCCCAAAGAAAACAUGGCAGCGUUUUGUGUGGAAACAAAUGAUAAAACGCACGUGUUUGCAGCAGAGAAGAAUGCUGCCAAAGAGUGGAUGGACACCAUGUGUGACAUCGCGUUUCAGGGAGGAAGUGGUAGCAGCAGUGCUGUAGACGCUAACGGAGGACUCCAGGACCUGCAGAUGUCUGAAAACCUCAUCUACUAUUCCAGAGAAGAGGUAAAUGAGUUCUGGGUGACAAUUCAACGUACCGAGGCAUCGGAACGUUGCGGGCUAGCGGGCAGCUAUUGGCUGAAAGCUGAAAGCGACAUCUUGAUUUUAAAGGAGCCAAAGACAAAGAGGAAUGUUCUGGUGUGGCCCUACAAGCUACUGAGAAGAUACGGGAGGGACCGGGUGAUGUUUUCGUUUGAAGCUGGCCGCAGGUGUGACUCUGGCCCUGGCAACUUCACCUUUGAAACAAAAAAAGGCAACGAGAUCUUCAUGUUGGUGGAGCAGGCCAUCCAGUCACAAAAGGCCCUGGCGGAGGAGCGCCACCUCAGCGGCCCCAUAAAUGUGGACCCAGACUGCCCCUCGUCGUUGCAGCACAUACGCAAUGCUGUUCCUGGUGCCGUGACGACAGGAAGCGGCGACAGCAGCAGCUGCAGCAGUCGGGAAGCAGAUGGCGACUCAGGUGGCAGCAAACCAGGCUCAGCUGAUGGCGUACUUGGGAAGAGAGAAGGAGGAGAUGGAGGAAGGGGGCAAGGAGGUGGAACAGGGCACAAGGGGAGGAGUUUACCAGAACCUCCAGGGAUGCUGGGGGUUGUGGGAGGCGGUGAAACACCUCCGCGGUCUCCCAGAGGGGAGCGAAGGAAGGGUGUGUCCUCAUCUGAUGAACAUGCAAGUUUUUAUUCUGAGCCAGCAGAUUCAGUCCGUCUGCGUCUUCACAGCUCCGAUUGCCUCUAUUCUGACCCAGUGGACAGCAUCAAAGGUCAGAACCAAACCAGCAACCCAUGCUCUACCCCUGUACCCACUCCACGUCUCCGACCAGUAGGAGAUGAUGCUACUGGAGGUGGUGUCCAAGGAGAUCAUCAUCAUCGCGGAGGUAGCCACAGGAAUCCCCCUGACCUGUAUUCACAUGUGUAUGACCAAAUUAGCCAGGAGCUGAACCUGAAAACAGGUAUGCUGAGUCUAAAUGGAGCUGCAGGGGGUGGAAGAGAUGGAGGAAGAGGGAUAAAUAGUAACAAGAGACCUCCAGGGGGUCAAACAGAAGGGUCUUCAUCGCCUCCUGCCCCUUCUCAGGAGCACAUAUAUGAUGAACCGGAGGGUUGCGCCAAAGGAAGCGGUAACAUAUCUGUUAGCUUAGCGUUGAGCAUUUACGAUGAGGCUCGCUUGGAGCCCCGCCAAAUUAGACAGGAAGAAGUGGCAGCUCCAUCGAGUCUGGAGGGGAAUUACAGAACUCCCUCUCAGGGGAAGCCAGCAGAUCCACAAAGACAGUCUCCCUUGGGUCCAAGUCGUGGCACGCCGCAACCUCCGGUGCCAAAGUGGCCUAAGCCUGUCACCGCUCCCAAGCCAGGCAAAGGUGCUUUUGCUCGGAAGGAGCCAGUGCCGCUGCCCACUGGGAAACAUGGUGGUAACAUAAACAACAACAACAAUAUGUGGAGCGCAGAAGCAGGGGGGAAGGAGCUUUACAGCAGAGUGUCCAAACAGAAACCUUCUACCACUAAUUUGUGGUACAACCAGAACCACCAGGCACAAUUAAGAUCACCUGACAUAAUUUAUGACAACUUGGGAGAUAUUUGACUUUAUUCUACUUCCUAAUGGACUUAAAAGGAGUGUUUAUAACCUUUCUAGCCUAUGAGAAAAGAAGAGGUUGAAAAACAAGCCUUUGUGCCAGUGUGCUUGCAGGAAGAGACGACCGUCAGCUCGUUCUCAUUUCACAUUUAUUCCAUCUGUG